AAAGUUGAUCGUUUUCUUAGUCCGUUCCUAGCACCGAAUUGGCUGGCUUGCGGUUUCUCGCUAAUCCACACGUUGUUUUCGACGCUCGAAGUUCUUCAAGUUGCGAAUAAUCCAGACACAGGGACGAUUCGUAAUAAACGAUUAUGAAGGUCCCGAUUACCCUUAUUUUAUUCGCGGGCUUUAUCGCCACAGGAUUUUCCCAAGAUGUGCAAAAUCAGGAGGCGGAAGUCACAGCACCGAUCGGAAGAAUUAGGGGUAGUUUCGCUGAAUCCAGAUUAGGAAGGCGAUUCUUUUCCGCACGGGGUAUCCGAUACGGCGAACCACCGAUUGGAGAAAAUAGAUUCCGACAAGCCAUUCCAGCGAUACCAUUCGACGUAUUCGAUGCAACGAAAGAAGGUCCAUCGUGUCCUCAGCCCGGAGGAGUUCUCCAGUCGGAGGACUGUCUCAGACUGAACGUUUACACACCGGAGCUUCCUAGUCCUGGAAAACCGGAUGUUGGGAAACCGGUGCUUGUAUUUUUCCACCCCGGAGGAUUCUACGCGUUCUCUGCCCAGAGCAUUAGUUUUGGUCCUGAAUAUUUGAUGGACACCGAUAUCGUCCUCGUCACCGUCAACUAUCGACUCAUGUCCCUGGGGUUCAUGAGCACCGGAGACUCCCAAGCACCUGGGAAUCUGGGGCUCAAAGAUCAGGUGGAGGCUCUUCGAUGGAUCCAGCGAAACAUAGCUGCCUUUGGAGGAGAUCCAAAUUGCGUUACGAUAUCGGGAUACAGUGCAGGUGCAUGGAGUGUAUCUCUGCAUUUGGUUUCACCGAUGUCCAAGGGAUUAUUUCACCGUGCGAUUGCGAUGAGCGGUUCGGCGACGACACCGGAAAAUCUUGGUGGACACCAGAGACACUUGGCUGUAAAACAGGCUGAGAUUCUCGACUGUCCUACGGAUACGACGGAGAACAUGAUCGCUUGUCUCAGAACGAAACCUUUCGAAGAGUUUGCAAACUCUUUGGGAAAGUUCUUCGAAUGGUACGGCCUCCCGAUACUUAUUUGGUCACCAGUCGUUGAACCUGUGGUACCAGGAGUUGAACGUUUCCUUACCGCAGAGCCUACAGAAUUGAUCCGACAGGGUAAAGCGGAAAAAGUUCCUGUGAUGACGGGAAUAACGAAAGAUGAAUUUGCGGGAGUGACCGUCUUUUGGGUGGAGAUGUCCAGAAAUGGAAACAAUUCGCAUUUCGAGGAUGUCGACGCUAACUGGGAAGAAAUUGCUCCGAUAAUAUUCCAAUAUCAGAGGGGAACGCCGCGUUCGAAAGAAAUUAGCCGGGCUCUGAGAACGUUCUAUUUCAAAGAUCAACCGGUAUCUCUAGCCACAGUCCAGGGACUUGCGAACCUGUUCCGCGAUUCGAUUAUUGGAUUUCCCGUUCAUCGUUUCGCAAAAUUGAUGUCGGAAGUUUCACCACAGCCAGUCUACUAUUACGAGGUGACUUAUCAGGGACGAUACAGCCACAGGGUAUGGAAUGAUACCCAAAAGCCAUACGGUGUUGUGCAUCACGAUGACUUGUUGUACCUAUUUUACUUGAAAUCAAACUUCCCAUACUUCAAAGUAGACGACCCCGAGUACCAGACGGUCAAGCGAAUGACGACGAUGUGGACUAAUUUCGCUAAGACUGGAAAUCCGAUCCCUGCGAACAACCAGGACUUUGAAAACGUUACUUGGGAACCGUUGACACCGUCAAAUAAAAAAUACUUGGAAAUCGGAGAUAAUCUCACUAUGAAAACCGGGUUAUAUGCAAAGGAGAACGAAGAGUGGGACAGAUUAUUUCCCGUAGCUCCGGCGCGUAACACUAAAACCUCAGUUAAGCAUUGAAGAAUUUCAAUUGCAUCUACCUCAGUCAUAAUUUUGAAAUUCUAAUAUCAUCUUGUAAUAUUUAUCUGCAAUAAAAAAAAAAUCUCUCCUAAA